AUGCUUCUGUUUGCCUCUGGACGGACAAUCCUGGUUUCCCGCCCUGGCCAUUCGCUUCGACAUCCCGGACAUUCAAGUUCUCAUACUCAGGAACCGCAAUCUUCAAUUCUAGCCCAGAAAGGUCCUGCCUCGCCUAUUCAGCCUUCCCCCAUCUCUGCAUACCCUCCCCACACACUAGGGAACGGAUUUCACUACGGGCCCCAAGAAGCACCUUACUACACCAGCCAUUCUGCUUACACGACUCCCUCGGCGCAUUACGCUUCCAGCGAGUUUAGGACCACCGGACCUCAUGGCAUCCACCGCCCAAAUGCAGAGACCCUAUCCUCCCAUCUAUCACACUCUCCAAUCAUCCUCCCCAGCUUCAGCAGCUUCUCAACCGCUGGACCAACAUGGCCGCAAUAUCUACGCCCACUCGCCUCAGAUGCCGCAGAUGUUUUACCCACCUUACUCGCCCAUGAACCCUGUACAGCCGCCGUACGCAGCCCAUCAUUCUCCCCAGCAACACACCCCCUCACAACGCAAUCCAUGAUGAUGCCGCCGCAGAAAGCGCCAGCGCAAAUGCCCCCCCAUCAAUCACCACACAUCCCAACCACCACCAUGACCAGCAGCCCCAUCAUGAAACUCGACAACUCCCAGCAACCGACUCCCCCACAGCAAGUAAUGCACAACCCACCUCUCUCCGCAACAAACAGCCACUCCAUGUCCGCCAGUAAUAUCCACUCCAGCCCACCACUAGGUGGGAGCUCCAGCGCAGCGCCAGGCCCCAUCCCAGCCACGACUCCCCUCGUCGUGCGCCAAGACAGCAACGGCGUGCAGUGGAUCGCCUUUGAAUACUCCCGAGACCGCGUCAAAAUGGAAUACACCAUCCGCUGCGACGUGGAAUCCGUCAACGUCGACACCCUUGACCAGAACUUCAAGACGGAGAACUGCGUGUAUCCCCGCGCCUGCUGCAGCAAGGACCAAUAUCGCGGCAACCGACUCGUCUACGAGACCGAGUGCAAUGCUGUAGGCUGGGCUCUUGCAGAGCUCAAUCCAGCGCUGAGAAGCAAGCGCGGUCUUAUUCAGCGCGCUGUCGACAGUUGGCGCAAUAGUAACCAGGACCCGAGGCUGCGCAGUCGUCGGGUGCGCCGCAUGGCCAAGAUCAAUCGCAGACAGUCUGUCCCUACGGUUCCGGCCAGCCACAUGCCUGGAGCUGGUCCUGCGGGCCCUGGUCUUCCUGGCCCUAUCGGUGCUAUGCCGGCUGCUGUGCCCCGGCCGAACUUGGGCCCGAUCUCGAUGGGUCCGCCCCAGCUACAGCAUCAUCAUCACCAACCUGAUGGUAGUCCUCAUGAGGAAGUUAGCGGACCCAUGACAAACCUCCGACCUGCCCACCUCUUCCACAACGCCCCCUCGACCCUAACCCCCUCCCCCGCAGCAGCCGGCCCAUCCAUGCCCCCCCUCCUCCACGACACAGGCAUGGCCUCGCUCAGCCGCCACCCCACAAUCGCAACCGCGACCCAAUCCCACUCCCACUCCCACCCGCACGCCCACAACAUGGAAGAACAAGGCCCAACCAACGACGACCUUUUCAGCCACCUCCCCGACGGCAAACGCCGCAAGUUCAUCCUCGUAGACGACCCCCAGCGUGGCUGCCGCGUCCGCGUCAAAGUAGCCCUCGAUAAAGUCAACAUGGACGAGAUCCCGGACUCCUACCGCGCCUCCAACGCCGUCUACCCCCGCACGUACUUCCCCAUCCAGAUGCGCGAUGAGAAUCACGUCGUGCUGGGGAAGCGCUUUUUCCGGGAUGAGGCUGAGCAUGCCGAUCCGGCGGCCGAUCCGCUUUCGGAUGCGACGCUCGGACGCACGUCUGUGCCUAUGCCGAUGCUUGAGGUUGAUGCUGGGAGAGAUGCGAGUGGGAGUGGGAGUGCUGCUGGGGGUGGAGCUGGGGAUGAGGUUGAGGUUGAGGUGCCGCGGCUAUCGAGGAAGAAGCAUACCAAGGAGCUUUUGUUGAAUGAUUUGGGGUAUCGGAUGAGUUGGAGUCAGAGUCGGGUUUUUGCCGGGCGGAUGUUGUUUUUGCAGAGGUCUUUGGAUGCCUACCGCAACAAAAUGCGCAGCAGUAUGCUCGCGGCAGGCCAAGAUCCUGCGGAGAUCCCGGAUCAUUUUGAUACUCGGCGUGGGAAGAGACGGUUCCUGGAGCGUGGUCUUAGGGAGAAUGCUGCGCAGCGGAGUGCUGAGGAGGUUGUGCCGUAG